AUGCCCCUCGUGACCCCCUCCCCUCCUCCUCCCUCCCUCCCUCCCUCCCUCCCUCCCUCCCUCCCUCCCUCCCUCCCUCCCUCCCUCCCUCCCUCCCUCCCUCCCUCCCUCCCUCCCUCCCUCCCUCCCUCCCUCCCUCCCUCCCUCCCUCCCUCCCUCCCUCCCUCCCUCCCUCCCUCCCUCCCUCCCCUCCCUCCCUCCCUCCCUCCCUCCCUCCCUCCCUCCCUCCCUCCCUCCCUCCCUCCCUCCCUCCCUCCCUCCCUCCCUCCCUCCCUCCGCCCCUCCCUCCGCCCCUCCCUCCGCCCCUCCGCCCCUCCCUCCCUCCCUCCCUCCCUCCCUCCCUCCCUCCCUCCCUCCCUCCCUCCCUCCCUCCCUCCCUCCCUCCCUCCCUCCCUCCCUCCCUCCCUCCGCCCCUCCCUCCCUCCCUCCGCCCCUCCCUCCCUCCCUCCCUCCCUCCCUCCCUCCCUCCCUCCCUCCCUCCCUCCCUGUAACACUCAACUCACGGAGCAGAAUAUUCUCAUUGGAGUGCAACAGUGCCGCAUCCAGAACUUGGAGGCUGAUUCUGUUAAGCUUCAGGCCUUGAUUGAGCAGCUGACCAGGGAGGUGCAGUCGAUCCCUAAGGAGAACGACACCUCCAGCUUCAUUCAGGACCUGCAGACUACUCUCCAGUUCGUGCAGGAUCAGCUCAAGAAGCAAGAGAAACACAUCUCUGUGCUUCAGGCCCAGUACAGGGAGAUCCGGCGUGGAAACCUCUACCAGCCUGCUCCUGCAGCAGAGCGAGUUGCCAACGCCGCUAACAGCCGGGCUGCACCUGCUGAUGCUCCUUCUGCUGUUCCCCCUCCUACUGGAGCACGUGUUGAGCCUCCUACUGCAGCAGCAACUGCUUUUGGCUCCUGCCCUUCGGCCCUGCCUCGUUUUGUCCAUGGCAAAACUGACGUUGAGACUUGGCUCUCCAUUGCGGAGGACUUUAUGUCCAUCCACAAUGUGCGUAGCGAGGCUCGCGUGGUCGCUGCGACCCUUGCCCUGGACGACACUGCGAGCAAGUUGGUGUAUGCCAACAAGCGCCACGCAGAGGCUAAUGGCCAUCCUUUUGGCUGGGAGGAGUUCAAAGCUGCCAUGCUGGCGGCAUUCCUGAGUCAGCCCCCGGCGCUCGAGGUGCGUAGCCGCCUGGAGAACAUCCAGUGCGGUGACCAGCCUGUACGCGAGUACGCCAAGGAGUUUGAGAAAACUCUGUCGCUGCUGAAGACUGCUCUUCCUGAGAGCGAGGUCAUCCACCAGUUCUUCAAGGGACUCCCUGAGCACAUCAAGCGUGUGCAUGUUGUGCGUGGGGAGCACCAGUGGAGGACCUACAAGGAUUGCAAGGAGCAGGUCAUUGACACGGAUGUGAAUUUCCGUGCGUACAUGACUCACGCUCGUGCUCAGCAGCAGCCUAGUGCCGAAGGCCCUAGGGGGGGUGGUAACAGGACUCAGGCACACAGGGGCAGUGGCUCUUGGAAGAGGCCCUAUCAGCAGAAGAGGGAAUCCUCUGGGACUCAGUCCAAGAGGGCCCAUGCUGGGCCUGCCAAGGAUCCUCAGGAUGAGGAUAAGCCCCCGGCGGGCUGCUGCAUCUGUGGCAAGCUCGGGCACAAGUCCUAUCACUGCCGUUGGAGGAAGUCCGUCAAGAACUCCGGCAAGCCCAACCAGGGCAAGAAGCCGGAUGGUUCUGGCCCUUCGGGCCCGAAGGAUUUUCCGAAGUCCAACUAG